UUUUUCUGCGUGCAUGCCUUUCUGCUUCCUCCAAGAUACGAUGACCUUCGUGUGUACAUUCUGUCCUAUUCGCUGUACAGUUUAAAUCCACAAUGGAUUGUAUUGAGCUGAUAAUGACGUAGAAAACCAGAACGUCUCGAUUAAACGUGUCGCGUAUCUAAACAAACCGUCUACUUAAUAAUAUCUCCUGUGAAUUCUGAGCAUAUUCUAUUGGAAAAACGCAUGCAGUUUGACUACAGCUUUUGUUGUUGAUAUGCAAAGUAAGUAGGCUAGUAUAGCCUAUAUUAUUUAUUGCAUUCCUUGUUUUGGGGUUUCAAGUACCGUGUACCCUGUCCGUUUUGGUUUAGCUCUAUUAGCAUAUUACACUGUUGUCGCAGUGUACUACCUAUUGGAUUUAGCUAAUACCUAAUAGCCUAAUACUCACUCUAACUUUUAGGUCUUCCCUACACUAACGGUGAUAUUGAAAGAUAUCAGAGAGCUAUAGUCACGUGUAUUAAAUCUAGCGAACUAAAGCUAAAAUGUCUGUUAACCCUCGAAAAAGAAAGCAAUUGACAGAUGAUGAGAUUAAACAAAUAUUUUUGGAUUCUGAUAAUGAGGGUAAUUUUAAGAAUGAAUCAAGCUGCAGUGAAAGUGAUGAUGAUGGUCUGCCCGACAACCUUGCAGCCAUUGUAAAAACUGAGCCUGAGGAUGCCUGUGAUGUUCCUGAUGAUGAUGGAGGCAGAGAGCCUGUAGGGUCAGGUGGAGUUGAACAGGUGAGCUCCAGAAGCUGGAGACCUGCCAGAAAUUUCAUCCCCCCUGGACCAGAAGUUGUGUUUCAGAAGCAACAUUGCGGGGUGCAAAUCCACCCUGAAUCUCAAACUGAGGCACAGUGCUUCAAAAUGUUUCUAACUGAGGAACUGGUUCAGCAUAUUGUGAAGGCAACAAAUAAUUACGCCUUGCAGCUGAAAAAGAAGGUGGCUCCAGGAGUGAAGGGGAAGCUGGCAAAAUGGCAGCCAACCACUGUCGAUGAAAUGUACUCUUUCCUGGUGGUAAUUCUGUUAAUGGGCAUUGUGAAGAAGUCAGCCCUGAGAGACUACUGGAGCACUGACCCCAUGGUCAUGACCCCUUUCUUUACGUCUCUGUUCUCCCAGGACCGCUUCCUAGUUCUCCUCCGUUGCCUACAUUUUGUAGAUGAAGAAAUAGAAAAUGUCAGCGACCCCCUGUAUAAAAUCAGGGAUGUACACAGUGGUCUCACCUCUGCCUUUAAUCGAGUGUUUGUGCCAUACCGAGAUCUGUGCAUUGAUGAAUCCCUGAUGCUGUGGAAGGGAAGGUUGGCUUUCAAACAAUAUAUACCAAGAAAAAAGCACAGGAUUGGGGUGAAGUUUUUUUUGCUGUGUGAUGUGCUCACUGGUUAUGUUCAGGACCUGAUUAUCUAUACAGGUUCGACCAGUGAUGUCAAGUAUCAUGAAGGGCUUGGGAUCGCUGGGUCUGUGGUCUUGACCUUACUGACUCCACACCUGGGAAAGGGCCAUUGCCUAUAUGUGGACAAUUGGUACACCAAUCCAACACUUUUCCAGCACCUUCUUUCUCUUGGCACUGGGGCAUGUGGGACCGUGCGGGCAAACAGGAAGGGGAUGCCAGCCUUCACUAGCAAGCUGAGCAAAGGAGAUGUGGAGUUCAAAGAAAAUGGGAAACAGCUGGCAGUCAAGUGGCAUGACAAGAGGGAAGUACACCUUCUUUCCACCAUCCACAAAUCCACAAUGUCACCCACAAAAAAGAGGGAUUAUAUCACAGGAGAGAAGAGGAUUAAGCCAACCUGUGUUGUGGAGUAUAAUAAAAAGAUGGGAGCUGUAGACAAGUCUGACAUGCUCAAUAGUUUUGUGGAGUGUAUCAGAAAAACCACCAAGUGGUAUAAGAAGAUCUUUUUCCAUCUGAUUGACACCGCUGUCCUCAAUAGCUACAUUGUCCAUCGCAAACUGUCAGGGAAGGUGAUCCCUUACAGGGACUUCAGGAUUCAACUGAUGAAAGAGCUGCUGAUGGAUCACCACGUAGUUCGUUGUCGUUCUGUUGGAGGCCGGCCUAGUAUUGACACUCCCCUGCGACUUAAAGCUAGGCACUUCCCAUCCGAGAUCCCUCAAACAGCUAACCAGGGCAGGAAGACAAGACGCCAGUGCAAAGUCUGCCAGACAAGCACACGCCGAAAACAGCGAAGGCAUGUUACAAAGUACCAGUGUGAGCCAUGCAAGACAGCCCUGUGUGCUUUUCCAUGUUUCGAAGAGUACCAUACUUUGAAACAUUUUUAAGCAAUCUGUUGUUUAAGAUACUGAUAGGAUGGAUAAUGUCAUCGAACUGUUAUGGACACUUGUUUGUAUAUCUGUAUUUGUAGUCUGUGUCCAUAUUGUUUUGUGUGUUGUGGUUUUGUCUCCCUCUUGUUUCUCCCUCCCUCUCAUUUAUACUUCAGGUAUCCCUUUGUAAUUGGUUGAUCAGCUCCAUUCUUCAUCAUCAAUGCAACUGUCCCCAUCCAUUCGGAUAUUUGUCUAUCUCCGAUUGAAACUUCACCUGUUUUCCGUUUGUCAGUCAACAUCUUACCUGUCACUCUUUUUUGUUACCACUAGAGUCGGCUGUUCUGUGUGUACUUGUGUACUCUUAAUUUCUGUGUAGUUUGCUGUACUUCUGUCCUUGUGUAUAUAUAUUUUCUUUACUACUAAUUUAGUCGCAUAUACUUGGUAUAGUCCAUGGCAUGUAGCGACUGGCCUCUGUUAACACACCAGGUUAGGAACGAGUGCCACCACAUGUAUUUAGGUUUGUUUGUUUAGGAGGUUGGGAUUUCUUUUCUCUUUGGUGCCGGUCGUAGUUCCCUGGAGUGUUGUUGCCAAUAAUCAUAUGCUUUACCUUUUUUAAUUAGGUGUUUGUUAUGAGUCCCUACACCUAGACAGACACAAGCUCAAUCUGGGGUCUUAACAAGUUUUGAUUGGAUAAAGAUUUUUGUUGUAGGUGUGAAGCAGACGAGCAUGACAGCUGUCUACAGAGUUAUCCAAAUCAUAUAAUCCCAUUUCAAUUGUAUACAUAGACUAUUCCUUGAACAUGUAACAAUAGCAUUCAUUAAAAACAAAUUAUUACUUCAA